AUGGCCCAAGUCUAUCGGGAGCGCGACAUUCGCGUCACUCGAGACCGUAGCCGCUCCUCUUCUGGCGACGAGAGCCGGUACAAGACUGUCUCUCAUUACAAAGUUGGAGGCCCCCGCGGGACCACCACUCGUUUGGAGCGUGUCGAACGAUACGAUGACGACGACGACCGCCGUUCUAGGUACUCUCACUCUCAUGCCGGUCGCGCCGGCCCCGAAGUGUUCGAGUACGAUCGUCGCACCAAAGAGACCAUAUACCCUGAUCGCCCACGCUCUGCCAUUGACGCCCGAGGGUCUGAUUCUUAUCGAACCGUAGAAUAUGAGCGCGAGGUCGAAAGAGACCGUGACUACUAUAUCCCCGAGCGCCAAUCUCGCACUCGCGUUGUCCAGGAGACACUCUCGCCUACUCGAGACCACUACUGGGAGCGCCGACCCUGGGAUGAUCAUCAUGACACUGAUGUACGUCUUGAGAAACGUAUCGUUCGCCGAGACUCGGAUGGCGAUUUGAAGGUGAAGGAGAAGACUUUAGACAUCCAUAAAGAUCAUCAUCACCCUCAUCACCAUGAUGAUCACCAUGAUUUCAAGGAGCGGGACGUCAAGAUUGAACGCCGAUAUGUCGAAGAAAGAGAACCUCGGGAGCCUGAGGUUGAGCGUUAUCGUAGAGAGGUUGAAUACUAUACAGCCCCAGACCCUCCCCCGGCGCCUUUGGUGCUUCGCCAAAAGAUGCCCGAACAAAAGGUCAUUGUGAAUGAGGCGCCCCCCCCUGCACCCGUCAUUGUUCCCCGCGCCGAUCCAACAUUCAUUGUCCUACGCGACGAACAUCGCGAGCCAAGACGGGAUGAUGACUAUUAUCGGCGAGAAGAUGAUAGACGCUAUGAAAGAGACGCGUAUGACGAGGAUUAUUACAUUAAGAGGACUGUUAUCCGUCGUGAUCGAAGCUCUAGCUCUGAUCAUCAUAAAAAGCGCCAUAUUGCCGAAGGCGCGCUUGCUGGAGCUGGCCUUGGCGCCCUUGUUGGCAGUCGUCGGGGCAAAGAUGGUGAGCCUCAGGAUCACAAAGGACGCAAGGUCCUCGCGGGCGCUGCUCUAGGUGCACUCGGAACCGAAGUCAUUCGUCGUGCCAGAAGCGCCUACGAUGACAGGCGUGACGAAUACGAGUAUGACGAUUAUGGCCGACACCGUCAUCGAAGCCGGAGUCGGAGUCGAAGUAGAAGCAAGUCACGUAGUCGUCUUGCUACCGGCCUAGCGAUCGGUGCCGCCGCCCUCGCUGUUGCUGGGGGUCUGAAAUACAUGCAGAACAGUAAGGCUGAGAAGGAAGAAGCACACCGUGGCCGUGCACGACGUCGCUAUUCCAAUGACAGUUAUUCCGUGUCGCGAAGCCGUUCACGCCGCGGUCGCACUCGUAGCAAGUCCAACGUAGCUAAAGCGGGUGCAGCAACUGCUGCUCUUGCCGGCUUGGUCCACCAUUAUAGGUCUAAGUCUCGUAGCAAAUCACGUGCUGAAAUUGCUGCCGCUGGUUUGACUGGCGCUGCCGCGACCAAGCUUUAUGAGCGUCAUAAGAACAAGAAAGACCGUGAGAAUCACGAAGCAUCUGACGAUGAGUACUAUAAUAAAGAUCGCAGCAUUUCAAGGAGCCGAUCUAGAUCCAGGUCUCUUGGACGCCACCACCACCCCCGAGACACCACGGCUGAUAGAGAAUUAGGCCUGGUUCACGUUCCUGACGUGGAGUAUGGAAGUGAGCCCCUCUCACCCUACGAGUCAGCGUCCGAAGAACCUAGGAGACGUCGACGUAAGCACCGACAGAGGCAUCGAUCAGCAUCGGGCUCUGAUGGAGAAGUUCGAAAGAAACGAAGCAAGAGCACAUUGCGCGAUGUAGCAGCAGCAGGGUUGGGGACUGCCGCCGCCGCGAUAGGAAUCAAGAAGUAUUCGGAUCACCAAAAGAACAAAGACAGAGGCGAGAAAUCGAGCCCAGACAGCAUAGGGCAUUCUAGGUCACGAGAUAGGAGCGAUAGGGCUCGUGACCGGCGAUCACGGGAUCGUUACGAGGAGGAAGCAGCCGCGGGUGCAUUUUACCCCGGUUACGAUGUCGAAGCGCCACCCCCAUCUCCUCCUCAUGCCUCUGGAGGUUUCCCACCUACGAAUCAAGCGCCGCCACCGCCACCAGCCGGUCCCGGUGGCUUCACCAGUCACUCGAAUCAGUCGACCGCGAAUCUGAAUAACCCAUACCCUCCUUAUAACCCUCAAGACUACGCCAAUCUACCCCCUCCGCCUCCAGGGCCACCUCCGACAACACAAUAUUUCCCACCACCAGGAGGUCCGGGUCACCACCCCGGUCCAGAAAACGUGAGUGAAGUUCAUCCUGAUGGUUCUGGGAGCACGACUACUAAGCAGGAUGGUAUAAAGGCUAAGUCCAGGCGGUCUUCGUCAUCUUCGUCAUCGUCGUCAUCGGCGAGCUCCGUCGCCGGCCACAAACGAACAGCUCCGAAGGUCCAUUUCCGGCCUCUCUCGCCCGAAUCAUCACGAGUACUGCAGAAACACCAUAAAACGAUUAGAGAGACAACGUCGGAUGUAGCUGACGAUGCGGAUCGCUCACGACAUCAAGAUUCCAAGGAUGACCCGCCUCCGAGUAAACGUUCAUCCUCAGACCCCUCCUCAAGUCGCCUAGCUUUGGAUCACCGGGACCGCAGAGCGCGGAAUGUCUCAUCAGACUCGUCAGAUGAUGAUGACGUAGUAGACUUGCCUGAGCGCUUCGAUUCUUCCGGCAGACCUCUGGAUCCACGCAACCGAUCUCUACGCCAAUCGCGCCGUCCAAGUUAUGGUUCAUUUGAAUAUCGACCACAACAUCCCGGGGACUUACACAUGCGAGGCAAUUGGGCCACGUUGCCGUCAAACGAGCAUCUAGACGCGGCGCAACUUGCGCAGACAAUCGGCGGCUUGCUUCAGGGGCAGGGAGGUUUUCUUGGGACCUUGGGCCAUUUGAUAGAACAUGAGUUGAAGCGGUAG